GCUGAUUGGACAGCACCGUCUGAGUGGAGUUGUAAGGCGAAAGGGGAUUGGUGGAGGCGCGGCCGCAUGUGUUUGGCUCCCCGUCUUUGUAUAUACAGACUCGCUUGCCGAGCUCUUUAACAAUGGGCGAAAGGGGCUGCUCCACCGGACGGGGCUGGUAGCGCCAAAGGUCCCGGGGGACGCCGCGGCUGCUUUUAACCGACAUGUCCGGGGAGAUGCUGGAGGUGCUUCUCCCUUCCUGGCCGCUGUAGAGCAGAAGCGGAGCUGCGAACUUCGGCUCCUCCGCUCUGAUCCCUGGCCGCCUCAUUCCCACCCCAUGGAGCUGGAGGGGCAGUGGUGGAAAGGACAGCUGGCUGCCGACAUCCACCAAGCUCUUCGGUAUAAGGAGCUGAAGCUACCGUGUUAUAAAGGCCAGUCUCCCCAGUUAAAUCUGAGAAGGUAUUUUGCAGACUUGAUUGCCAUUGUGAGCAACCGAUUCCGACUCUGUCCUGCUGCCCGGCAUCUUGCUGUUUACCUGUUGGACCUCUUUAUGGACCGUUAUGACAUCUCCAUUCAACAGCUGCACAUGGUUGCUCUUUCCUGCUUGCUUUUAGCAAGUAAAUUUGAAGAAAAGGAAGACAGUGUGCCUAAGCUUGAACAGCUGAACAGCUUGGGGUGCAUGAGUAACAUGAGCCUGGUCCUAACUAAGCAGAAUUUGCUGCACAUGGAGCUGCUCUUGUUAGAAACUUUCCAGUGGAACCUCUGCCUGCCCACAGCUGCUCACUUCAUAGAUUACUAUCUCUCGAUCGCCGUUCACGAAUCGGACCUCCAUGACGGGUGGCCGAUGGUUUGCUUGGAAAAGACCAAACUGUACAUGGCUAAAUAUGCCGACUACUUUCUGGAAGUAUCCCUGCAAGAUCAUGCAUUUUUAAAUUAUGCCCCUUCGUUAGUGGCUGCUGCAUGUGUGGCUUCCUCCAGGAUUAUCUUGCGUCUUUCUCCAACAUGGCCAGUCCGACUACAUCGUCUGACAGCAUAUUCCUGGGAUUUUCUAUUGCCUUGUAUUGAACGACUAUUGGUGGCCCAUGAUAAUGACGUAAAAGAAGCCAACAAGCAAAAAGGACAACAUAGCUCUCAACCAGCCCAUAACACUUUAUUUCAAACAACCAGUCAACCCACACAGCAGCACAUAUCCCAUUAUAUUCAAGCUCAUCAGACUCCUCUACCGUAUCUUCAAACAGCACCGCAACAAAACUGUGAGCCGAUUAUGUCAAGCAGCAGUCAUACCUCAACCUACCCGAUGCAGACUUGCCCAGCUGGUUUACAAGGUGGUGUUCAGGCUCAAAGUCAUAUACAGACUUCUGGAAUGUCACUAGCAGUCCCUAUAGAGGUGAAGCCAUGUUUAAAUGUCUCUUAUAAUCGAACCUAUCAGAUUGCUGGACGUUACCCUUGUAUUACUCCAUGCUUUGAGAGGUGACGACUACAGCAGAACUCUCUGUGUGACCAGUGUUAAAUAAAUAAUAGAGGGCAAUUUUGGGUCCUUCUGAAACCUGGGAAAUGGCUGAAAGAGAACACCCAUUUUUUCCUCUCAAAGGUAGCUCAGUUGCAGAAACUGCAAGUACAAGAACUUGCAGAAUAAUGGAGAAAGAUGGAAAAAAAUAUUUCUGCGACACUGUAGUUCUACAUGCUGAACUUAAAACAUAUCCUUAAAAGCGUGUUGAGAGAUACCUGUCCUGACUGCAGGUUUUGUCUUCCUGAAAAGACGAAAGGUUACACGUGACGUUGGCGACACUGCUGCUUCUACUUAGCUCCAGGCAGUAUUGAAUAAGAUACUGAACCAUGAAAGUCCACUAAGUGCCAUUGCUUUCCAGAAGAUGGAAAGGCAAGUGGGAGAAGAGGCCCUUUUUACCUAAUGAGCACCUCAGUUCUUUGACAUGCCCAUGGAUGAGAACUUGUAUUUUAGUGGCCUUGGAUUAAUGUUCUCCAAUCUUCCACUUCAAAUAUUCUCCAUUGAAGCUUUGUAGAGAUAAAUUAUCAUACCAACUCAGGGAAUAAUCAAAAGUUACUGUGAUACAGGACAGAUAUCAUUUAAAUGGUUACCUCGGGUUCAGUUCCUCAGGGUAAUUGUAGUAGUAAAUGCCAAAGGGAGUUGAGAUGCUCAUCCAAGUACUCCCUUCACCUAAAUGUGCUUUGCAAUGAGACAGAAAAAAAUAGGCAUGUUGUAUUUAAAUGAAGCCAGUACUAUACCAUAAACAAUGGAGUAUUGUUUGCAAUUUGCUCUACUUUAUCCAACCAACUAUUUGUGUCCAAAAAGUUUUGUUUUUCUUUUUUCAUUGUAUUGAUUUCUGGCUUCAAGGUACAAUUGAAAUGCUUACAAGAAAUAAAGCCUUAUUUAUGAUGGCCAGAGAGCAGAAUGAGAAAUGGAAGACUCUUAAGCACAACUGUAUUUCUAAAUUUCUAUUUCUUUGGCCACAUCAGCUGCAAUUCAGAUAUUUUUAUAAUGUGAGCUAAGCAGUCACGAUAAGGGUACUAUAUAUGACCAUCAGAGGUCUUUUAAGUUCUUAGAUUCUAUCCUUAUCCAAACCAGAAUUAUUUGAGUAAAUAGGCAGUAAAGAAGUUUGAGAAUCUUCUUGUUAGCAUUCAAGAUUAAGGAAUGAAGAAUUUGCUACUUUUGUAUCCAGUGGCAUGUGAUCCAAAUUUUUAGAGAUGACUGAGAAUGGAGGUGAUAAAUGGAUGGAGUACCUGAAGAUAGACAUUAAUAAUACACGCCUUCCCUAGUGAAAAACAGAUCAUCCUAAAUACUUCUCAUUUAAAGGAAAAUGGCCUUAAAAUGGCUCUCUAUGAGCUGACCAUGCUAUGAGAAAAUAUUCUUUAAUUUGGAGGAGAAGCUAUCCUCCGUAGUGGUAAUUAUUUUAUGCCAUUAUGUGUUUUGUGUGUGUGUGUCCUUAUAAAAAUGGGGAAUUUUGAGGGAAAGAAGUACAGUAAAGCUUUCUGAAAACAUAUACUGGGGAAUACGACUUCUUCCCUAAGCAUAUUUUAUUACUGUGUUUGCAUGUCUGAGCAGGGAAAAAUUGAUUACAGGUAGGUAACAGAAUUGAAUGUCUGAGGUUAUCUUCUUACAUCAUGUCAUUUCUCAUGAUUUCAUUUUAUGUGGGGAUGAAGGAUUGCAAAAUACAUUAGAAAAGGAAUGAUACUAAUUUCAAAUUGCAGUACUGCUCAUACAACUCUUUUUUAACUACCUCAGUAAUUUGUUGAAUGUACAAUUUUGUGGAGGUCCAUGACUUGAAAUAACAGUACAUUGUUCCUAAAAUUCUUGUGUCCUUCAGUGUCAGUCCUCCAUAAAUGAAACUGCAGAUUAGACAUCUAAUACAUCUGAAAAUUAUCUUUCAGCAUUUACACUCAAAACAUUAGUUAAUAAUUGACACUGGAAUUGCGGUGGGAGAGGUAAUUUAUCUAGUCAAACCAGCAAAACUCACCUAAAACAAAUGAUCUUAUUUAAGGUAUUUAAAUAAUUAGACUUCUUUCUAAAAAUGGAUCCUCUACAGGUUUCUAGAUUUGUGGCUCAUUACUUUUUUAAUUUAUUAUUUAGCCUUUUGAGUUUGUUGUUAUAGAUUAAUAUUGGCAAUAGAAUAUGCACUGUGCAACAUUUCCUAUUUUCUUAUACGUAUUUGGUCAACUUCUAUUGAAUCGACACACUGCUGAAAUUCCUACUGGAGGAAUUAAAAUGUGUGUCAUCAAGAAAGAACUACUCAUUUUUUUAAAAAUGAGUGCCAUGCACUCUUUUAAAAAUAAAACUAGUUUUGCGUAACUUGUGUGUGUGCUUUGAAUAAAGUUGCAUUCAUAAUGAUA